AUGGACUCUAAAUCAUCUGGAUCCUGCGAGAAAGGUCAGCCCUCCUCGUUGUUAUUAAUUGAUUGCAGUACUGACGAGCGUACCCAAGAUGGAGCAAUGCAGACAACGAGCAACGCAGACACAGCAGUGGCAAGUGGUGCGUCCUUGAACAUUCCUCUUGAAAAGAAGCAAUUUGGCAUCAUCACCAUUGUGUCCUUUGCAUUUGUGAUUUGCAACAGUUGGGCUGGAGUCUCAGGCAGUCUCCAGCUGGCCCUACUUGCAGGGGGUCCCGUCACUUUAGUCUACGGCAUCCUCAUCAGCACGAUCAUCUACAUCUGCAUCGCUCUAUCGAUGGCCGAACUGGCAAGCGCCUACCCUACUGCCGGUGGCCAAUAUCAUUUUGCGUCGAUCUUAGCACCAAAGGCGAUCAAUCAGGGCAUUUCGUACGCAUGCGGACUCGUGUCGUUGCUGUCGUGGAUCGCCAUCGGAAGUUCUGUGACAUUGAUACCUGCUCAACAGAUCCCGGCGCUUGUAACUGCUUAUAGUGAUACAUACACAGAGCAUUCGUGGCAUGUCUUCCUCAUAUACGAGGCGGUCGCGUUGGUGGUGCUCUUAUUCAACUUGUUUGCCCUAAAACGAAAUCCUUGGGUUCAUGAAGUCGGCUUCUGCCUCACGAUCUGUCUUUUCGUGGUCUCAUUUAUAGGCAUUCUAUCGCGGUCCAAACCAAAAGCUCCAAACUCACAGGUGUGGACCGCUUGGAGCAACUAUACCGGCUGGCCUGACGGCGUCUGCUUUAUCCUGGGUAUUUCCACAUCCUGCUUCAUGUUCAUUGGCUUGGAUGCAGCGAUGCACCUGGCCGAGGAAUGCACAGAUGCUGCUCGUACAGUACCCAAAGCAGUGGUCAGUGCAAUCGUAAUCGGCUUCUGCACCGCCUUUCCAUACACGAUCGCAGUUCUGUAUGGAAUCUCAGAUCUCAGCUCUGUGCUAACCACCACGGGCUAUAUUCCACUGGAGACAAUGACGCAGUGCCUUCAAUCGCUCGACUUUGCAACGGUCCUCGCAUGUGGCGGUAUCUUCAUGGCAUUUUUUGCUCUGAACGCUGUACAAGAGACUGCAUCUCGACUCACCUGGAGCUUUGCUCGGGACAAUGGGCUGGUUUUUUCCACUCAUCUCCAGCGCAUACAUCCCCGCUGGCAGGUCCCCGUUUGGUCUCUUUUUAUCACCUGGGGAAUUCUGGCCAUAUACGGAUGUAUAUUUCUGGGUUCUAGUACAGCUUUCAAUGCCUUGGUUAAUUCCGCCAUUGCACUCCAGCAACUCUCCUUCCUGAUCCCGAUCGCCCUACUCCUCUACCGGAAGCGAGACCCAGAGUUCUUACCGAUCACUCGUGCCUUUGUGUUGCCGCAUGGAGUCGGACUUUUGGUCAAUAUUCUGGCUGUGGUCUUCACAUCCGUCACCACCGUGUUUUUCUGCUUUCCACUCAUACUACCUAUGACCGCCUCAAACAUGAGUACGUUUCGCCUAGUUGCAAGCUUGGUGAUCCGAAUUGACAUCUUCUUAGAUUACACCAGUGCGAUUAUAGGCAUUGCAUUUGCUCUUGGAGUCGUGAACUGGAUUGUGCACGCCAGGAAGCAUUACCAGGGACCCCACGUGGAGCUUGACGGACGGAUCGUGGGAGGUGAAUUUCAAAUUGAAGAAUGA